CAUGCCGCGGGGUCGUCUCUGCGCCUGCGCCGCUCCGGGAUGCUGAACCUGGCGGCGCUGCUGUGGCGCCGUCUCCUGCGCAAGCGCUGGGUGCUCGCCCUGGUUUUCGGGCUGUCGUUGGUUUACUUCCUCAGCAGCACCUUCAAGCAGGAAGAGAGGGCAGUGAGAGACCGGAAUCUUCUCCAGGUUCAAGACCGGGAACAGCCCAUUCUGUGGAAGGUCCAGUUUACCCUGGGCAACAGCAGCCGGCCCAGCAACCAGUGCCGGAACUCUGUCCAAGGAAAACACCUCAUCACUGACGAGCUGGGCUAUGUCUGCGAGAGGAAGGAUCUGCUGGCCAAUGGCUGCUGUGACGUCACUGUCCCCAGCACGAAACAGUACUGCUGUGAUGGAUGCCUGGCCAAUGGCUGCUGUGAAAGCUACGAACACUGUGUCUCCUGCUGUCUGCAGCCCAGCAAGCAACUUCUACUGGAACGCUUCCUCAACCGGGCGGCUGUGGCCUUCCAGAACCUCUUCAUGGCAGUUGAGGACCACUUCGAACUGUGCUUGGCUAAGUGCAGAACUUCAUCCCAGAGCGUGCAACAUGAGAACACGUACCGUGACCCCAUAGCCAAGUACUGCUACGGAGAGAGCCCGCCGGAACUCUUCCCCGCGUGAGGCCUGAUGGAGACACACACCCAGAACCACUCUGGUCCACACGAGAUAAUGAAGGAGAAAGCCACACAAGGAUGCUUGGCCUUGACCAUGUCUGGUGGCUUCAAGUGUCUCUGGCUCCUU